CCGGUGGGCGCGCUGCUCGCCGCGCUCUGUCAGUUCGGCCUCCUGCCGCUGCUGGCCUUCCUGCUGGCCCUCGCCUUCAAGCUGGACGAGGUGGCCUCGGUGGCCGUGCUCCUAUGCGGCUGCUGUCCCGGCGGAAACCUCUCCAACCUCAUGUCCCUGCUGGUGGACGGCGACAUGAACCUCAGCAUCAUCAUGACCAUCUCCUCCACACUUCUGGCCCUGGUCUUGAUGCCCCUGUGCCUGUGGAUCUACAGCCGGGCCUGGAUCGACACCCCUCUGGUGCAGUUGCUUCCCUUGGGGGCGGUGACCCUGACCCUCUGCAGCACCCUCAUCCCCAUAGGGCUGGGCGUCUUCAUCCGCUACAAAUAUAAUCGUGUGGCUGACUACAUUGUGAAGGUUUCCCUGUGGUCUCUGCUAGUGACGCUGGUGGCCCUUUUCAUACUGACUGGCACCAUGUUAGGGCCCGAACUGCUGGCAAGUAUCCCUGCAGCUGUUUAUGUGGUUGCCAUUUUUAUGCCUUUGGCCGGCUAUGCCUCAGGCUAUGGUUUAGCUACUCUCUUCCACCUCUCACCCAACUGCAAGAGGACUGUGUGCCUAGAAACAGGCAGUCAGAAUGUGCAGCUCUGCACCGCCAUCCUGAAACUGGCCUUCCCGCCUCGCUUCAUAGGAAGCAUGUACAUGUUUCCCUUGCUUUAUGCCCUUUUCCAGUCUGCGGAAGCAGGGAUUUUUGUUUUAAUAUAUAAAAUGUAUGGAAGUGAAAUACUGCACAAGCGAGAUCCCCUAGAUGAAGAUGAAGAUACAGAUAUUUCUUAUAAGAAACUAAAAGAAGAGGAAAUGGCAGAUACCUCCUAUGGCACAGUGAAAACCGAUAAUUUAGUAAUGAUGGAAACCGCCCAGACUUCUCUCUAAAUGUGGAAAUACACAGGAGCUUCUAUCUUGCUGAAAUACUAAUUCAUAUUUAUGGCCUCUGGUAGUGUAUAUGGUUUACAUAAAGGAUAAUAGUUGGUUUGCUUUACAUGUAACACUUUUGAUCUUUCCAUUGUAAAGUUGCACUGGUGUAGUAAACAAGUGUUUUCCUAGAUUUAAAUCAAUGUCAGUAUAAUUUACAUCUGCGUCAGCUUGUGAAGCUCCAUCUGGUUCAAUAUGCUUUUUGGUUUUUGCCAUUACCAAUUUCUAUGACUGCUUCACAGAUAGAGACUACUGUAUUAGAAAACAGGGUCUGGAAAUGUAGUUUCAGUGCACUGUGUUAUCUGAGUAAAGACAAGCUAUCUGUAAAGCAUAAUUGAGUUUACUGUAAAACAGAAAAGUGUGUUCUCGCUCAACUUGUAAAACACUUGAUGAUGCUGAAUUGUGACCUAUACUCAGAAAAAUCCCAAACAGGUCAGCGACACAGUGAAAUAUAGUAUUUUAUUGUCAACCCAGUAACAAAUUACAGAAAGAAAUAUAUUGAUGUAUUUGAUUACUUGAUCUGACAUCUGUUUAUUGCAAAUGAACCACUAACAUUUUCCCAGUGAAUAAA